AUGGGUCAAGAUCACUUGGAAUUGUUCUUCGGUGCUGUGCGAGCAUGCGGAGGAUGGAAUAACAAUCCAACCACACGGCAGUUUGUAGCCGCGUACAAGCAACUGCUGAUGAGGCACAAUAUCAAAGGAGGUCAUGGAAACUGCGUUGCUCAAGAUGACACUCAGAUAUUAGAUUGCGUCAAAGAUCAGUGUGAAAUUGAAGAAACGCCGACUGGGAUCUCAGAUGUGGCGAUUGCAAGGCGAUACGACCUGGAGUUGAGAGAGCCAGCUGCCGUCGAUCAUGACUACUGUGAUGUGUCUAAUGCCAUUGAACUGUCUGAGUACAAGGAGGCUGCAAUAUCGUAUAUUGCUGGAUACGUCUCGAAGAUGGUGACGAAAAAGAUCCAUUGCACCCAAUGUACAACGGUGCUGACGACGAAGAGAACAUACCGGACUUGUUCGUAA